CCCUAAACCUUAGUCAAUCAGAAUAGUGGGCUUUGCCAUAAGUUGGGCCAGAGCGGGUGCUUACCGCGGUGUCGGAGCGCCACCUGCCGAGGAGGCUACGAAGGUGCUCGGAGAGCGGUGGGAAGGAAGGAGAGAGGGGUUACGAGACGAUGGGUGGGUGGUCACAAAUGACGAAGCGGAUCGCGGAGAUGGGGUUCAACGCCGGCGGCGGGGUCAUCAACUGGUUCCCCGGGCAUAUGGCGGCCGCCACUCGAGCCAUCCGCGAACGCCUCCGGCUCGCCGACCUCGUUAUCGAAGUCCGCGAUGCCCGAGUUCCACUAUCAUCAGCUAAUGAGGAUCUUCAACAAGCCCUUUCAUCUAAAAGACGCAUUAUUGCCUUAAAUAAAAAGGAUCUAGCUAAUCCUAAUAUAAUUCAUAGAUGGGUACAACAUUUUGAGUCGGGCAAACAAGAUUGCCUUUCAAUAAAUGCUCACAGCAAAAGUUCUGUUAGUCAGCUUCUGACGCUUGUGGAGCUGAAACUCAAGGAAGUUAUUUGUAAAGAACCUACACUUCUGGUCUUAGUUGUUGGUGUUCCAAAUGUUGGCAAAUCAGCUCUUAUCAAUUCUAUUCAUCGGAUUGCAACUUCUCGUUUUCCAGUGCAGGAGAAGGUGAAGCAUGCAACGGUCGGACCAUUACCAGGAGUGACUAAGGACAUUGCAGGAUACAAGAUUGCAAACAGGCCUAGCAUAUAUGUGCUGGAUACACCAGGUGUUCUGGUGCCUAGCAUUCCAGAUAUAGAGACAGGUUUGAGACUUGCUUUAACAGGGGCAAUCAAAGACUCAGUAGUUGGUGAAGAACGAAUUGCUCAGUAUUUAUUGGCAGUUUUAAACAGUAGAAGAACACCUUUACAUUGGGAUCGCUUGGCUAAUGAACGAAUUCGAUCGGCACCUGAGUUGGAUAAAACCAAUGCGGAUGUUUUUCCUGAUUCAACUGCAAGGAAGAGACGGCAAUUGGAUACUUCUGAUGUGCUGUACAUCAAGGAUCUUGCAAAAGAGGUCCAGCGUACCUUAUAUCUCACAUUCAAAGAAUUUGAGGGAAACUUGGAGGAAGAGGGUGAACUGGAAAGUCUGAUUGACGCUCAGUUAACUGCACUUCGAAAAUCAUGCAGAAUAUCUCCUCAGAAGUCAUACGAUGAAGCUCAGGCUACAGUCUCAAAGAAGCUACUAAUCUUAUUUAGGACCGGGAAACUUGGUCCUUUCAUUCUUGACAAUCUUCCAGAUACUUCAUUGUCCAUUAAUCUUAGGAAAUAGGGAAUUCAGUCCGAAGUGAGCUCACAAGAAAACUAAUGGAGAUCCUUAUAUCCUCAUCAAUCUCAUUUCAACUUAUGAUGCCUUGGACGACAUUUAUUUACCUCUUAGUGUGCUACCAUCUCAUAGUUGUGAUGCUACUUUGUAUCUUUUUUGUCGUUAGAUGGACAGUUUCGAUAUGCGGAGGAUUUGUAAGCUCUGCAACAUGUACAAUCGGAAAUAGGAAGAUGUGUUAGUUCAUCA